UGGGAGCUGUCAAAUGUUUGUUUUAUUGCACUCUUAGAGAAAAUUGGACAGGGAAGAACUGGAGCGAGAGCGUGAGGAGGCUCAAAAGGAAGUAGAAAUGCUGGAAAAAAUGAAAGAAGAAGAACUUUUGAUUCAGCAAAAGCUGGAAGUGGAGAGACAGGCCCAGAUGGAGCGAGAACAGGAAGAACGGGAGAGGAUGGAACGAGACAGAGCCGAGGAGCUCCUGCAGGAGCAGAAACGGCAGGCAGAGAUGGAGGCGAAGCUUGCCGCCGAAAAGGAGGCAGUUUCAAAGACUUUGGCUGAACUAAGUGACAAAUAUGGAGCUCCUCAUCUCAGUCGGGUUGAAGAGAUAGAUGAAAUGGAGCAAUCUGAACAUGCCUUCACUACUGUAGUCGACUCGGAGGAAGAACAAUAAAUCUGUUCCUGUCGAUUCCAGAAACAUCAUGAUGUUCUGCAAACACGGAUGAAACACAUCAAGGAGGCUUAGAAUAAUUUAAUACAGUUAAGUGAAUUGAAAAUUUUAAAAUAAAUUAAUAAAGUGC